AAGUGCAGCCUGCAACAGGAGCCUGAAGUAUUUGCUAAUCAGCCCUGGACCAUGUAGAUGUUGCCUGGACUUCUUGUAUUGCAGACUACAGUGAUUUGGGAACAGCCAUGCAGAAUGAUAUGUACCUUUCAACUUUCAAUGGGUGUUUGGGUGGUCUGUGCCUCCUUUGCCGGAAGCAAUUUCUGGCUGGAUGAGAUGUAAAAGCUCCAGGGGGAAAGUCUGAAGCGGCGCUAUGAUGUUACACUUAUAGAUCUACUGCACCAAAAUGCCUCCAGGGAAUUCAGAGCCACAUUUUCUACCCUUUGGAACUAUGUUUCAGAAUCACGCUGGAGUGUCCACCCUGUGCUAGAACUGGGCUCUUAUCUGAGAAUUUGAGACGUAUUCAGAAUGACGGACCGGACACUGAGAGAGACCAGUCUGUUCCAACAGACUAUGAUAUUAUUCUGGAAGAACCUGCUUCUGAAAUGGAGAAGGAAGUGGCACACAAUUCUGGAAUGGCUACAAAACUUGGCAUUUGUGUUCUUGAUGUUUCUGGUAUCUGUUAUGGGCGUAUCAACUUUUAUGCAGUUGGAAUACAACUCACCUGCUGAGGUCCUUGGCCGCCUGGAUGCACUUAAUGGCAGCAAUCAUUUUAAAGUUGGAUAUGUUCGCACAUUUGCUACAUCUAAGGAUAUUAUGGAGAAGGUUGCCAAAAGCAUAAUUAUCCCAGAUAUCAAAGUCCAAGAAUAUUCAGAUGAGGAAAUGCUGCUGAAUGACAUGGCAAAUAGAACAGUGGUUGGAGUCACGUUUGUGAACAAUUUCAGUUACCAUAUCAGAUAUCCAAUCAAUACUAUUUCAUAUCCAAAUGAUUACUUUGCCUUUAUGGGUUUCUGUGCCAGUGGCUCUGAAGCCUGCUUUCCUACAUACUACUGGUCAAGGAGGUUUCUUUCUCUGCAAGCAAGUAUUGACUCUGCUAUUAUUGAAAUGACGAGCAAUCACUCUGUAUGGGAUAAUAUGGCUUCCAUCGUGACAAUAAGGAUGAGAUCUACUAUAGCUUCAUUUAAACAAUACUUUCAUAUUGGAACAUUCAUAUUCGUUAUGCCCAUGUCCUACAUUUCUCUGAUGUACCUCUUGUCCCUGUAUGUCACAAGAGAGCGGUGUGAAAUGAGAGAGUUACUAAAAAUGAUGCGCCUGAAAGACUUAGCAUUUUGGUUAUCGUGGGGUCUGUUUUAUUCUUUUUACAUUUUAAUCUUGGCAAACCUGAUGACUGUAGUCACAAAAGCUCUUGUACUUGUGCAGAGUUCCUAUGGCAUCAUCAUGUUUCUUUUCUUCUUUUAUGGGAUAGCUUUGAUGUCAUUCACUUUCAUGCUGAGUGCCCUGUUUAGGAGUCCCAGAGCAACAGCCAUCGCUGGGUUUUUUAUCACACUCUUUCUUUCUGCUCUGGGCCUCAUACUACUAAACAAAGAUAUCCCUAAAGCUCUUGAGGUCCUAUUGAGCAUCUUCCCCCAGUUUGCCUUUGCAGUUGGAUUAAGUGAGAGUGUUCACAUGGAGAGUGAUAUUCAAGGUGUCUCUUUCUCGGAUAUGGCGGGAGAUUCUUCUCACGUGUUAUCUAGUUUUAUUAGUCUCGCUCUGGAUUCUGUUUUUUACAUGUGCCUGACAGUGUAUUUUGAAAAGGUCCUUGCAGAUAAACAUGGAGCAAAGUAUGAGCCAUUCUUCUUCCUGAAGUCUUCUUACUGGUCAAAAGAGAAACUGUCUCCCCUAAGGACACAGACUGAGGACAGCGAUGAAUCUUCCAUGGGCAAGUUCUUUGAAAAGGUCCCUUCUGAUUUACAGGGAAAAGAAGCCAUAAGAAUCAAUAAGGUUAAGAAAAAAUACAGUGACCAAGAUAAGAACACAGAAGCAUUGAGAGGUCUAGAUCUCAAUAUCUAUGAGGGCCAGAUUACAGCCCUGCUCGGUCACAGUGGAGCUGGGAAAACCACAUUACUCAAUAUCCUUAGUGGACUGUGUCCGGCUUCUGAUGGGUCGGCCACUGUCUACAAUUAUAAACUCUCUGACAUGCUACACUUAGAAGAGAUAAAGAAAAGGACUGGAUUCUGCCCACAGUUUGAUGUGAAGUUCAACCCUUUAACUGUGAAGGAAAAUCUAACUGUGUUUGCAAAUAUCAAAGGGAUCCCAUCAAAGCAAAUACAACACGAGGUUCAAAAAGUUCUCUCUGAGCUGCAAAUGAACGACAUUGAAAAUGUUGAAGCUAAGAAUCUGAGUGGUGGACAGCGGAGAAAACUUACCCUUGGAAUUGCUCUUUUAGGAGAUCCACAGGUCCUGCUUCUUGAUGAACCAACUGCCGGCUUGGACCCAUGUUCCCGACACCACAUCUGGACCAUUUUAAAAGAGCAUAAGGCAGAUCGAGUCACACUCUUUAGCACUCAAUUUAUGGAUGAAGCAGACAUCCUUGCUGAUCGAAAGGCUGUGAUCUCCAAUGGAAGAUUAAAAUGUGUAGGAUCCUCCUUGUUUCUUAAGAGAAAAUGGGGCGUCGGGUAUCACUUAAGGAUGCAAGUGUCUCCCUCAUGUGAUGUGGAAUUCAUGACGUCAACCAUGAAGCAGCAUGUUCCUAAUGCAAAGCUCACGGCGCACAAUGAGGAAGAGCUUACGUACACCUUGCCUUUUGAAAAUAUGGAUGCAUUUCCAGAUUUAUUUUUACAUUUGGAUGGGCAAGUAGGAAACCGCAUAGUCAACUAUGGAGUCUCCAUGACAACACUCGAUGACGUAUUUCUGAAACUCGAAGGCGAAGGAGAGAUAGAAAAAGGAGAUUAUGGAGUCUUUAGCCCUGAGUCUGGGGCACCAGAGGAUAAAGACUGUUUUUCAGCUGACAUGGACGAUUCACUUUUAUUGAUGUCAGAUUCUGGUAGUGCAACCCUCACUGGACUCUCCCUCUGGAGACAGCAGGUGUUGGCUAUUGCGAGGGUUCGCUUGCUAAAACUGAAGCAUGACUCUAAAACCUUAAGAUCUAUACUGAUAUUUUUGGCUCUUUUCAUUAUCCCAAUUAUUAUGACCACCAUAGUGAAAACCAUUUUUAAUAAAGUCACCGUUUGGGAACUGAGCGCAAGUCUCUAUUUUCAACAACCACAAGAUCGCAUUCACAGAUACUACACAGAUCUGCUGAUUUGUAACAACACUGGUUCAUCUAUUGAAGACUUUGUUGGUGCAGUGAAGGAACAGAAUAUUGCAGUGUACGUGACCAGUGGCAAAUAUGACAUGGACACUGUAAAGUACAGAGGAGCCAUUGAGGUCUCUCAAGCUGAAAAGGGCUACAGUUUCACCAUUGUGGGAAACCCCAAAGCACAAAAUGCAUUACCGGUGCUUGUUAAUAUCAUCAGCAAUGCUCUUUUGAAGAUCUUCAGCUCACCAGAACACAUCCGUGUGUGGAACAAUCCAGUAACUGAGUUUUGGACUGAAGAUUUUGAUUCUAUUACAUUCUAUUCUGGUUUUAUUUUCCUGUUAUUUGCAUCUGGCCUUGCCCCUCACUUUGCAUUGAGCAGCAUUGAUGACAGAAAGAUCAAGGCUUGCACUCAGUUGAGGAUUUCUGGGAUCUUUCCAUCUGCAUACUGGCUUGGCCAAGCGCUGGUUGAUAUUGCUCUUUACUGGAUCUUGCUUUUUCUGAUGGUCGCCAUACUGUUUUCCUUCAACCCCCAGAUUAUUUUUAGCUUUAUCCCUGCUAUUGUGAUGAUUACAGGCAUCCUCGGCUAUGGAGCUUCGAUGGUCCUUUAUGUUUAUGUCAUUUCCUUUGUUUUUGGAAGAGGAAAAAGUCACCAUGACGGCUGGUCUCUAUUCUUUGUUCUAAGUGCUUUUAUUCCAAUGAUUUUGAUGGAUUUCAUCCAGAUUCACCCCGUUACUAUAAUCAUCUUCUUUCUGUUACCUGCAAGCACGCUAUGUGGCAUAGUGAAAUGCAUAGAUGUCUAUCAUUUUGACAGAUCGACAUUAGAAGAUGAACAUCUCCUGUAUCUGUUUUUACCAUACAUACACAUCUUCAUAUUCUUGGUGAUGCUUUGGGGCUUGGAACGAGUAUUUGGGAUGAGGAAACUCAAAACAAAUCUGUUUUACAGAAAUAAGGUCCUGAAAAACCCAGAGGAGUUGGAUAAGGAUACAGAUGAAGAGGUGUUGGCAGAAAGAGAGAGAGUUAAAAAGUCUGCAACCACUAACAACAUGGAAGAGAAACCAAUCAUUAUAGUAGACAGUCUGCGCAAGGAGUAUAAGGUCAAGAAAGGAGGAUCGUUUUUUAAGAAGAACAGAAAAGCUGCCACUAAAAAUAUCUCCUUUUGUGUCAGGAAAGGUGAGGUACUGGGAUUGCUGGGCCCCAAUGGAGCUGGGAAAACCACUUCUAUCUAUAUGCUGGCUGGAGAAAUAAGACCAACUGCAGGAGAGGUAGUGCUGUGUGGGACGGAUCCAGCUAAAUCUCAGAAUUCCUAUGAUUCUACUGGGUCUCUUGGCUACUGUCCCCAAGACAAUCCUCUGUGGCCCAAUCUGACUGUAAAGCAACAUUUAGAAAUCUAUGCUGCUGUGAAGGGCUUGAAGAAGAAAGAUGCAGACAUUGCAGUCAAACGAGUAUCAGAAGCCUUGGAACUUAAAGAGCAUCUGGAAAAAGCAACCAGGAAACUGUCUCUUGGCGUGUCCAGAAAGGUGUGCUUUGCUAUAAGCAUGCUAGGCAACCCAAGUAUCGUACUCCUGGAUGAGCCUUCCACUGGUUUGGACCCCAAAGGUCAGCAGCGUCUUUGGCGAGCCAUAAGAGCAGCCUUUAAGAAUAAAGACAGAGGGGCAAUUCUGACCACUCACUACAUGGAAGAAGCAGAAGCCGUGUGCGACCGAGUGGCUAUCAUGGUGUCUGGGAAGCUCAGGUGCAUUGGAUCAAUCCAGCAGCUGAAGAGCAAGUUUGGAAAAGGCUAUCUUCUUGAGAUUAAAGUAAAAGAUUCUCACCAAGUGGAUCAGAUUCACAAGGAGAUAAUACGGAUAUUCCCUCAUGCAGCCAGGCAGGACAGAUUCUCAUCUUUGUUGGUGUAUAAGAUGCCAGUGGAUAAUGUACAGUCCUUGUCUCAGGCAUUUCUACUUUUGGAAGAAGCUAAACGUGCUUAUAACAUUGAGGAGUACAGUUUCUCCCAGCCCACCCUGGAGCAGGUGUUUAUUGAGUUGGCCAAAGAGCAGGAGAAGGAGGAUUUUGAUCUGGCCAGUACAUUUCAGUGGAAACACCUGCGGACUGAAAGCAUCUGAUCAGCACCACAAACCCAAACCAUUGGAUCUCAUUCCUAUACCUCCCAACAUUUUGGAAAUAGAAGGGACAAAAAGAAUUGCUGCACAGAGCACGUUGAAAAUGUUUGACCACGCCCAUUUUGUGGCCACGCCCCCAUCACCAUGUUCAUUUUACUAAAUUUGGCAAGUUAUGAAG